GCAGAUUGUGGACACGGACCAUGCGUUGGCCGGUCCCCCCCUGGGUGUACAGGAGGGCAAGCUGGAGGUAGACACGGCUGCCCUCCUUGAUCUUCUCCCCGUCGUGGAGGAAUUCAGCGACGAAGGAUUGGGACGGGUCCAGGGCGGCCAGUUCGAGUUCUUCGGACGGGUGGAUGAUACCCGGAGCCACGUAGUGCUUGAGGCUGAGGCCGACGGAGGAACGGAUCUUCAUCACAGCUUCCUGGGCGAGGGGGGAGGCGAGGGCGUUCCGGAGGGCCGUGAGGAAGGUGGGCGUGAGGGACGACGGGAGGGAGGCAACGGCCGCGGGGGAGGUUGGGGACGCAACGGGCCCGGGGAAGUAAUGGAGGCGUCCGGCCGUCAUGUGCGUGAGUGUCCCCAGGGUGCCCAAAUCCAAGAAAUUGGAAAAGACGGAGGAGGAAAGACCGGGGGAGGGACCAGUGGAGGACGGGACCGAGGGAGGGGCGGGGUGGCAGAUGAAAAUGUCGAGGCAAACCUGCCGACCGGCCAAGACCGAGCCCAGUCGCUGGUAAUAAUCCCCAAGGGCCUUAUCGUCCUUCGACUUCGCCACCGCAGCCGGGCCCGUCCCGCUGCUCACGGAGGAUUUGCCGGCAAUGCAUCCCCCAACCGGGCAAUAGAGUGCGUUCUCCCUCUCGGAGCCGUAGUCUCUGGGAUCUGCCCUAAGACGAAGAGCACCCGCCCCGCGCGUCGGCCUAGGGGACAGACCAGGCGCCCCCG